AUGGCGAUUGAAGAGAGUAAGGUUAUAGACUCUCUUAAGAUAGAAGAAUUGGUUGGAUCCUUACAGAUUUUCGAGAUGAAUAACAAGAAGGGUAAAAGCAUUGCCAUAGAGUCUAUUAAGGAAGUUUAUGAGGAGUUUGAAGAUGAAGACUCAAUCUUCGACAAUGAUGAAGAAAUGGUAUUAAUGGUCAAGAAGUUUAGGAAGUUUCUUAAAAAUAGUAGAAAAAAAUUAUCUAAGAAAGGUAAAGAUAGACCUUCUGACAAGGGCAGAAUUGAUAUGAAAGGUAAAGGGAAGUCAAAGGUCUUAGUUGUCAAGUGGGAUGACAGCGAGUCGGAUAGUGACGAUUCAUCCACCUCCUCAUCUGGUGAUGAAGUAACAAAAUAUACAACCUUUAUUGUAACUGUUAGAGAUGUAGGAGAGCCUUCCACUUCGAACAGAGAGCCUAAAAGAUCUGACGAUGAAGAUUUAAGUGAAGGAGAGCAACUUAUUAGAAAGUAUUCUCGAUUCUUGAAAAGUGAAAGAAAAAACAAAGAGAAAACUGAUACUCAGAAAGUUCUCAAAGUGGAUACUAGUCAGAUUAGAACUAAUGUUGAUCAGUUUAGGACUAAAUGUUUAAGAUUGGUUAAGAAAGUGGAAGAAUUGGAAAAGGAGAUGAAGAUUUCCAAGGAUAGAGAAACUAGUCUAGAACAUAAAGUUAAAUCAUUAGAAAAAGACUUAGAGAAUGAAAAGAAUAUUAUUAGGAGUUUCUCUGAGGGAACAAAUCGUAUCCUCAGCAUUAGAAGAGAUGCUGACGAUAUGAGAGGUCUAGGAUUUUAUCAUAAUAGACCAUAA